UUUCCUGGUUGUCUGAAGUCCCUGUGACAAGCAAGUAAAAAGUACAUUCAAUUCACCUGAACUCAGCAUGAAGCCACCUAACAAAGAUCUCCUUUUGUGUGCUUAAAUCUCUCUUUAGUUGUUAAUAUUCUGGGUAUCCAUCCUCCUGUGUGACAGGGAAUCACUCCACUCCACAUAGUAUAGUGUGCUGUAAAAGCUAGCUACCCACAUUGUGUCCAGGAGGAUGAAGGGGAAGGGCCUAUGGAGGGCAGGAAGAGAACAGGGUCUGCUGUUAGAGCCAGGGGCAGGUGCUAUUGAAAUGUCUCUCUGCUGGUUCAAAAAAGGUCUGGGUCUGGGUUGGAAGGCAGGGUCAGAAAUCAUUGUGCUGUGUCUUUAAACACAGUGGGAGGUGCUCUUGUCACUCAGGUCUCACUAGCCAAUCAGGCCCUUCAGGUGACCUGCCAGUCAGAACUUGUGCAGGGUCCUUCCGGUCACCAGCUUCAGGCUCGGCUUUGAAGAGAAGCUGGCGCCAGUGGUUUUGUGUGCUGUGCUCUGAGUGCUGCUGCAGGGAGCUGAGCAGAGAGCAUGGGCCAGCUGGAAAACCACGACAUGAAUACAGUGACCUAUGAUGACGUGCGUAUUGACUUUACUUGGGAAGAGUGGACCUUGCUGGAUCCUUCCCAGAAGAAUCUCUACAAAGAUGUGAUGUUGGAGACCUACAGGAACCUCACUAGUAUAGGAUACAUUUGGGAAGACCAUAAUAUUGAAGAAUAUUGUCAAAGUUCUAGAGGACAUGAAAGCACUCGAGUUAUCCCAGCACAGCUUGUCCAGGAUGAUGAUGCAGAUUAAGCCAGUCUUGGAAAAGGCAGAAUUGGUAAAACACUCUUGGAAGAGGUAAGGAAACCUUUUUUGAUAACAUGAAAAUUAAUUUCCUCUCAUCAGGGUUGAGGAAGUGGCAUCUUUGCUGCUAAGGAUGCAGUAGAUGCCCUAUGCCUGGGAGGACUGGGUGCUUGUGCUGGUCUGGGAUGGGUAAGGGGACAUAGGAGUGUAGGCUACAGCUCUCCUCUUUUGUGACCUGAGCAUAUUGAAGGAGUGUUUCUUCCAGAUGAUGGCUUUGUUCUUGCCAAGCUGUCCCUAGAAUGGAUCUGACUUCUGAGACUGGAGGUGAGUCAGAGAAUAAAGGUGUGGAGCAUGUGACCCUGUGGUUCCUUAAACAGGUGACAAACCAGAGUUUUUUAAAGUUCAACAGCUUAAUCAGCAGAGUAGAGGUUUCGGCUAGUCUAUGCAUUUACUGAUUUGUUGUUGUUGUUUUUGCAGUGCUGAGGGUUAAACUGAGGCUUGGUGAAUGUUAGUAUGGGACCUGGGACACAGAAAGCAGCAUCCAGGACCAAGUAGACAGUGAGCUUAGAUGUUUGAGUGUCUUCAGAAGCUCCAGAAGCCAUCAAAAACAGCAAACACCCCUUGCCAGAACAAGAUGAGGGGUUCUGCAUGCUUUCUGCCACAGCUGAGCUGUGGCAAGGAGAGUGCAGUCAGCCAGGAUGCUCUGAGAGCCAGAGAGACAUGGCUUGAGGCUGCAUUCAACCUUGACAAGCCAAGCAGAGAUGCCACGAAGUGAGCCAGGUGAACUGCAGGCAGUGGCUUGGAGAGCAGCAGCAGAAACUUCAGAACCUAGUGGCCAGAGCAGGUCUGUCACCCAGAGCCAGAAUUUCUGGUGGCCAAAGCCCAGCAGAGACUCCUCAGGAGAGACUAAAGGCAAGCAGCAGUGAGCAGCGGAAGCCUUGCAGAGAGACUGCUGACCCAGGCAGAGAAGCAGCAGCAGCAGCAGCUUGAUAAGAAGCACGCAGAUGAGCAACUUCAACGCACUAGAGCCCAAGGAGCUGUGGAGGUAAGGGCUGUGCUCCAGGUUGAACAGUCAAAUCGGGGCUCUGUGGGAACUGCUGAUACUGACGCAGCCCUAGCUCUCAGCAGCAGAAUGUGGGGCCCUGAAGCAGCAUUUGGCUUUGCAAACAAGGCAGCACACAGAGGACUUGAAGGCCACCGGCAGAUCAGGUAACAGAGCCGGGGUGCAGCAGCCAUGACUGACCAUGACUGGGAUUCCUCCCAGAGCCAGGGUUGCUGUAUGAAUGCCAUGGCUCAUAGCAACUGGGAGGAAACUUUGAGCUCCUGGGGUGAGAGGCAUUUGAGAGCCUCUGGCCCCAGGAAUAGGACUGAAAAAAAAAAAAAAAAGAGCAAGAUAAAGGCUUUGCUGCUAUUUGGUAUUCAAUAACUGGGACUGUGAAAGCCAGCAGCCAAAGUGGUGCAGUUUCUGUUUGCUGGCUGUAAGAAGGUCUCUUUGAGAGAAUUCAAAGAUUUCUAUUGUGGAGCUAACAGCUUUAGCCCUGGAGCAAAUUGCAUAAGGGGAAGGCUACAGACUGCAAAGCACAGCUGUAGCUGAGAGCAAAAGUUUCAGAGAUGCUGGUUUGAACUGGGGUUGUUGGACACCAGGGAACUGCAAAAGAUUAUGAUAGUUGGGACAGUUAUACAAAGAUUUCAGGGCAGCUGAUGAGCCAGGCCCUGAUUUUGAACAUUUACUGGAACUUUAAGACUGGUAUCAGAACUAAGUUUUUAAACUUUUCAGACUUAAGAAAUAGGAUGGAUAGGAGUGAUUCAGUUGCAAUGGGACAAUUUUGACUUUACCUACACAUAUAGAUUCUACCAACUGUGAUGAUUUAUGAGUUGUUUUGUGUAUACAUAUAUGCUUUAUUAACUGUGGUGACUCGUGAAUUGUUUUGUGUAGAAAUUAACCUUUUGUGUACUAAUAGAACUGCUUGGUAUAGGUAUAGACAAAUUGUUUUUUCCAUACAGGCUCAAGAUGCAGCUUCAAAAAUUAUUUUAAAAAGGGGGGUGAGUUAAUAUUCCUGGGUCUCUUUAAUUUAAAAAUAAAUAUUUCUUGUCCCUUGCUUGGAUUAAUGUUAACUUGUGUUAAUGUACCCUAAGUUUUGUUGCAAGAAAUACAAAUAGUUCUUUUAAGAGAUUGUUUUUGGAUGUUUGCUAAAGUUUGUAAAGUAUAAAUAGUUCUAUUAAAACUUUGCUUUUGGAUAUGUUUA